AUGGACAUGCACCCGACAAGAAUGGCGAAGAAUAGAAACAAGACUGGAAUGCACCCAGCAAGCUCGAAGAGGCAGACAGUCAUCUGUUCCUCAGCGCCUUCGUCGUCGUCCUUCAAGCAAUACAAGCUUGCGACACCAGGACCUGUGAGCUCCAAGCGAGCACCUGAAGGACCGCUGGCUGAAGAUCCAUCCCUUCCCCUUGUGCAAGAUAUCAUUCGAGCGAUGGAUGAAAGGAAGGCGGAGUCGAUCUGGGCUGCAAGGGUGUCUCAUCUGACCUACUCGACGGAGUUCUUCAUCAACUGCCAGGGAAGCUCUCGACCCAUGCUCCAGGCUAUCGCUGCUAACGUGGAGGACAUCAUGAACGAAAAGUACGGCAGAGAGAUCAAGUGGCAAGGGAACCCAGACAGCGGGUGGAUCCUCCUCGACUACGGGGAGGUCAUUGUCAACAUCAUGACAGCUGCUGCGAGGGAAUUCUACGACCUCGAGGAGCAUUGGCAGAACGGCGAGCUCGUCCCUCUAGAGGAUCUGGUGACUCCCAACUCUCAGUCGACUUCCCCCGUCAGCUCCUUCGAUAUGGGGCUGGACGACGAGGACUGGGGCAAGGGGAACCCGUUCAUGAAUUGGGACGAGGAGGAGGAGGAGGAGGUCUAGAGUGCAAUCCGCGAGCAGU